AUGGAUUCACCAUCACUAGACACCUACAUCGCUGCUAUCAGGAGGUCGCAGAAAAAGAGCAUGGAGGCAAGUAGGAAGACAAAGAAAAGGAUCCCCAAACUAGGUGAAUUCAUAGGAGGUACCAUGGAUAGCGUCAUAGGCUUCUCCAAGACAAGGCAAGGAGGCGCAAGGGCCGUUGGAGUAGCUGGACUGGGCGACGCUAUUGCUGGUAGUAUGGGUGACGCUAGGGGCACUAGAGGUGGCGCCAGAGGCAGCUUCAAAGCCGCGGCUGGAGGCGACCUGGGUGACGCCACUGCUGGUAGCCUGGGCGACACCAGAGGUGAUGGAUGUGCGCGUCAGAGGCAUCUAGGGAAAUGA